AAUUUACCUCCAGAUCGUAAAGUACUUCCAUUAACCUAGUCCACGAUCAAGUACCAGUUAUUUCACCUCAAAAUGGACGUAGAGGAAUUCAGAAUUCGCGGCAAGGAAAUGAUAGACUAUAUUUGCUACUACACGAAAAAUGUGGAAAGCUACAGAGUCUUUCCACACAUAGAACCGGGAUAUCUCAGAAAGUUGCUGCCCACUGAAGCCCCACAAGAACCGGAAGACUUUGAUAAGAUUAUGGAGGAUUUCGAGGACAAAAUUAUGCCGGGUGUUACCCAUUGGAUCCAUCGCAGAUUCCAUGCGUAUUUUCCCAAUGGAAACGGGUAUGCCUCGAUAUUGGGUGACAUGUUAUCUGAUACUAUAAACUGUGUUGGAUUUUCUUGGGUAAGUACUUAG